ACCUAAUCCUUCCAGCAUUUCAACUUCCUUUGCCCUGAGCCUGCUUUUCCCUUUAUGCCCAGCAGUUGGCGCCUUUUGCCGUCCUUUUUUCCCCAAGCUGGCUUCUGGGGGCUGCAGUCGCUCCCCAGCUCUCAGGUCACAUGGCCUGCCAGAGCGAGGGGACUCCGCGCCGGAGCUGCGCCGCAGGAGGUGAGGUUUCCGCGCGCACCCGGCUGCGCCCGCUCCUCCGAGGCCUCAGGGUCCGGCGAUGGCUCCUCCAUGGACAUGGGCCAGAUAGCCGAGGCGACACCAGCAGCGGCCUUCAGCGUGCGCAGGGGACGGAGCUGACCGCCCCCACCGGGAAGGUUUCCGCUGCGCACGAUCUGCUCAGCCCCCUUGGCAUCAUGACUGGAGCGCCCACCCCGGAGACGUCUCCAGAGCGAGGGAAAAAGAAUUAGGGUUGCUGCAGCUGGCACGCGGAGAGCAAUUGCAGGGUCUGGCGCAGCCUGGGAGGGCCUGCGACCCCGGCGGUGUUUUCUGGGCCGGCGGACUUCGCUGCGGCCCCGCUCGUGGCGGUGGCUGCUUCCUGCCGGAGGACUGCGGGGACCCCAAAAGGGCAUCCCCCGCGCGGCCAGGGCCGGGAUCUGCGCAGGGAUGACAGUGUCGCAGCGAGCUUGCCUCCCUACCCCUCGUCCGCUUCCGUGGCGCCGCGAGGUCGACAGAAAGGCUGGAGCCGGGCGUGUGCGAGUCCAGGUUUGCCUUGCACUGAUUUUGGCCUGAGGUCCAGGAUGGUUUGUUCUUGGGACCAGACCUGACCAGAAGUCGACCUCAUGAGCACUUCAAGCUCUCCAGCUGCCAUGCUCCUCCGGAGGCUGAGGCGGCUCUCCUGGGGCAGCACUGCUGUCCAGCUCUUCAUCUUAACGGUGGUGACCUUUGGUCUGCUGGCCCCCCUGGCCUGUCACCGGCUUCUGCACUCUUACUUCUACCUGCGCCACUGGCAUCUGAACCAAAUGAGCCAAGAGUUCCUGCAGCAAAGCUUGAAAGAGGGUGAAGCUGCCCUCCACUACUUUGAGGAGCUGCCCUCUGCCAAUGGCUCGGUGCCCAUUGUCUGGCAGGCCACUCCCCGCCCCUGGCUGGUCAUCACCAUCAUCACUGUGGACAGGCAACCUGGCUUCCACUACGUCCUGCAGGUGGUGUCCCAGUUCCACCGGCUUCUUCAACAAUGCGGCCCUCAGUGUGAGGGGCACCAACUCUUCCUGUGCAACGUGGAGCGGAGUGUGAGCCAUUUCGAUGCCAAGCUGCUGUCCAAGUACGUCCCUGUGGCCAACCGCUAUGAGGGCACUGAAGAUGACUACGGCGACGACCCUUCGACCAACUCAUUUGAGAAAGAGAAGCAGGACUACGUCUAUUGCCUGGAAUCCUCCCUGCAGACCUACAACCCAGACUACGUCCUGAUGGUGGAAGACGACGCCGUUCCAGAAGAGCAGAUCUUCCCAGUCUUGGAGCACCUUCUGCGGGCUCGUUUCUCUGAGCCGCACCUCAGAGAUGCCCUUUAUCUAAAGCUCUAUCACCCCGAGAGGCUCCAGCACUACAUCAACCCAGAGCCCAUGAGGAUCCUGGAGUGGGUCGGUGUCGGCAUGUUGCUGGGGCCCUUACUAACCUGGAUAUACAUGCGGUUUGCCAGCCGGCCGGGGUUUAGCUGGCCCGUCAUGCUCUUCUUCUCCCUGUAUAGCAUGGGGCUGGUGGAGCUGGUGGGCCGGCACUAUUUCCUGGAGCUGCGGCGGCUGAGUCCUUCCCUGUACAAUGUGGUCCCUGCUUCACAGUGUUGCACCCCGGCCAUGCUCUUCCCUGCCCCGGCGGCCCGGCGGACCCUCACCUACCUGUCCCAGGUGUACUGCCACAAGGGCUUCGGCAAGGACAUGGCACUGUACUCACUGUUGAGGGCCAAGGGGGAGCGGGCCUAUGUGGUGGAGCCCAAUCUCGUGAAACACAUCGGGCUCUUCUCCAGCCUUCGGUACAACUUUCACCCAAGUCUGCUCUAGCCUGCCAAGAAAUGCCUUUCUGAAAUUGGCCACUUCUUGGAGAUUCAACUAUUGAGCUCUUUAUUUGGACAUGGUUGUUUGCCGAUAUUUCAUUGUUUUAGGGUUGCUAGGGAUAUAGACACUGGGAUGGCUGAGGAACAUACAAGUCCAGAACCUUGGCUUUGGUAACUCUCUGGCAGGAGCAAGCUGUUCACCGUGGGUCCAGACCUCUCGCCCUCCACACAGCCACACUGCCUCAUGCAGUCUGACCCACCCAAAGAAGGGCAUGUAAAUACCACUUAUAUUCUCCAGUUGUUUUACGCUCUGCUUCAUGACAGAGUUUGUGACUGCCAAAAAUAUUGUACACAGUGAUAUGACCAGUUUAGGAUUUUAAGCGUAGAAUUUGGUGAAAGGUGAGAUUCUUUUGCAAUGAUUUCUUUCUCACUGGGAAUAAGAAUGGAUGUAUGUUUAGAAUAUAUGUCCCAAGAGGCAGGACCACGUUGAUAGAUUCUAUUUGUUUCCUUGACCUGGAGUAAUAAAAGCCGCGCAGGGCCCGGCAUCUUGGAGGCAGGUGACCCGGUUUUUGUUACCUGGCGUUUUCUUUUCCACACAUCUGUAGUGCACUGAUAAUCAGUGUUGUCUGUGAGAACUUUAAGGCACAGCAAGAUCUGAAAUCACCUUCUGGAUCCUCAAAGUCAGAUUGCUUAUGUUUAGCAGUGAUUUAAUAUUGAAGAUUUCUAUCAUACUCUGAUUCUUUGAAAGUUGGACAUUGCAGAAUGAUAUAGAAUGGGUGAGCUUUUUACUAAUAGCAUAUCCUUUUCCCUAACUUUGCUGGCUAAUCAUUCACCUUCACUUCUUUUUCUUCUAUGUAGCAUGAUGUUAUAGAAGAAAAAGCAUGGACUGAAGUCAGAAGACCUGAAUUUUUAUUUCAGAUCUCUGUUAGGUCCCAGUGGUGUGAACUUGGGCAAGUCAUAAGCACUCUGAGUCUCAGGUUUGUCACCUGUAAAAUGGGGACAGUGAUAUCUACUUUUUUAUGUUGCCUUGAGGAUUAAAUGACAGAAUGUAUGUAGAACACUAGCAAGUGCUUAUCUCACAGAGGGCACUUGGUGAAUAUUAGUUCUUCUCUCUCCUAUAAUAAGCAUAUGAAACGCAAGUGUAUUUUGGAUAAAGGUAUUAAUGAUAUUAUUUAAAGUAUGAUAUGGGGCAUAGGGCUGACACCUAUGGAGCAGCUGUUCCAGACCAAACACUGCUAGAAUAAAGGCUGACUUUUCCUUGUGACUUCGGAAGGAUACGCAGCUCAAGAUAAGAAUUGUUCAUUCAACUGGAAAUGAUCGAGACUCCUCUUGAGCUUAUUCCGAGACUAGCAUCUGAAAACUACUCUUCUCAAAAGUUACAAGUAAAUUUCAUUUGACAAUACUUAUCAAACCAGUGGCCAACUGUCCCUUUGUGGGGAUGGAUGAUUAUAUUAGAGUGCAAGCAGCUGUCCAGUUUGUUUCAGUGCCACAUCUUCCCUUUGCUUUUAAGUUUCCACAGUGAGCUAACAUCUUGGGAUCUGCUCGAGAACACUGAGAGAGUAACAGGGGUUCAUCACCACACUUUAUAGAUGAACAAACAGGCCCCGAAAUGUUAAAGGAUUUCUUCAGGUUCACACAGCUGAACAGCAGCAGAGAGGACUGGAAUGUAGUAGAUUUUCUGACUUCCAGCCCCUGUACUUUUUUCUUAACUGCAUUCAUUUGAUAAAUAUCUAUGUAGUCAAAUUCUCUUUUGUGAAAUCUGAUUGUAACCUGGACUAAAUAAUGUCUCUGUAAGCUAAGGUGGUAAAACCUCACUGUGGUGUUGGUCUUGGGGAACAAACAGGUAUCAAUAUAUGUUGUGUUUUUAUAGUGAGCUGUUAUGUAUCCCCCAGGAAUGUACAAAGUGACUAGAGCUACUAGAUGACUUAUUGAGAUUCUCAGAUUCCACCCCUUCAUCUCUCCUUGCCCAGUAACUGGUUCAGCCCCAUGUUUGAGAAUUGAACCACCCUCAACCUAGAAUUCAUUUGAGUUUGUUGCAUUAGUGAUUGGAUCUCCUCAUGAAAAGUUUGUGUCCAAUGACAAAACAUGUAAGCUGGCCAAGCCCUAGAUCAGAAUCAUUGCUGGUUUCCAUUUCUGCUCUUUCUAAUUCAGUUGUCUACCACACGUAGACAUUCCUUCCCCUGACUCCUUCAUUCUCGAUGGCUAAAGUCACCUUUGCCUUGUCUUAUUUCUCUACCUACACACUAAGACAUCUUCCCCCAUUGAUCUUAACUAGAGUCUGCCAUCCUUGGACAUUUUCUGCAGAAGCAAACAUGCUACCCACUUUUAUCCCUACCCACUUUCUAGAUCACCCUUCCUUUUGUCUCUCAUUCCUAGAGUCCAAAUUGUGUGUGUUGUCCUGGAUUCGGACAGCUGACAGCUGUCUCUCAUUUAAUUAAAGCUGAAGUCUCUCAUUUAAUCCUAAGCAGAGGGCUAGGGGAGAACUGAAGUCCCCUUCCAAUAUCAAGGGACAUAGUUUACCAGGAGGGUAAAGGCCUCUAACAGUCCUGCAUACUUUUCAGAAGUUAAAUUAUUGUCAGGCCUAAGAAGCCCUAUUGUGACUGACUGUAUUUGCAUAGACUUAUCAGUUCAAAUAAAUGCACCUGUUUCACCAAGUCA